GGAAAACAAAACAAACCCGAUAGAGCUGCAGCAGCGUGUGGACUCCAUUGAAAAGUGGGCCUUAUUAUCUCUAACACGGGAGCCUACACGAGGUCCAGCACGAAGAGAGACGUAUGCGGGGGCGUCCUUAAAACCUAAAGCAUACAGAGAACCACACCAGACCACAACAGGACCAACUGACCCAACCAGGUUGAGCCCAGUUACUGACUCCCUCCCUCUCCCCCUCCCCCCACAGCCUUGCAGGCUGAAUACACCAGCACUCUGCUGUCGUCUCCCUCAGCAGUAAUUUAUUGUGCUGAUCAGACAACCUCACACCACUGGGACUGGACAGGAGACCCAGAGGUUCCCCCCGCUGGAGCUCAAAGCUGUGCCUGGCGAUGCCUCAGUUUUUUUUCCCUGUUGUGUUGCAGCCCAGCGUCAGUGGGAUGGAGCCUCCCUUUGGGGACGCCUUUCAGAACUACUCAUUUGCUGACCAGGCCCUGACCAGCACUGAGCUGCUCGCCACCAGCUCUGACCCAGAUUUCAUGUACGAACUGGACAGAGACAUGACCCACCGGCAGAGCCCCUGUGGGGACAGCGUGGUGGGGGUUGGGGAUGGAGGAAAGGAGGUGGAGGGCUGUAUGGAUCAGCUCAUGGGUCUAGGCGAGUGUGAGACGGUCUACAGCAGCUCAGCGUUCGAACAGUGGGACUCCUACUGGGAAGACCUCACCAGAUACACACGGCUGGCCAGCUGUGACAUCUGGGGCACCAAAGAGGUGGAUUUCCUUGGAUUGGAUGACUUCUCUAGUCCCUACCAGGAUGAAGAAGUGAUCAGUCGAACCCCAACACUGGCUCAGCUCAACAGCGAGGAUUCGCAGCCCGUGUGUGAGGCGCUCUACCCUCCCGCUGACCUGACCCUGCCUGCCCCCCAGCCUCAGCCUCAGUCCUCCCAGUUUCCCAGUCACAGUAAGAGACCCCUGGUCCCCGGCCAAGGAUCCGGCCCCGGCUCUACACGGCCCUCCCCAAGCUCCACAUCCUCAUCCCGUCCUUCCCGCAGUUUUCUCCCAGACUUCCCCGAAGGCUCCCAAAAAGCCACCAGACCUGUGCCCUCCAGCACUGAGACUAUGGCUAAGACCCAGAGCCACCUCAGUCUCACCCAGGACCAUGGCCAAGCUCAAAGCAAGUCCCAGGGACGAGAAACCAAGAUGAUAGCCCCAGCUUCCCAUGGCUCUGACUUUGUGCGGAAGGCCAAAGUCCGUGUGAGUGCUGUGCAGAAAGCUCAGCCUGACAUACCCUCCCAGACAGAUUUUGAGAGGUCAGAUCCACCUCUCUCCCAGGCCCAAGAUGAAAAGGCUUCCACUUCAGCUAGCACCACCUUGGUGGGACUUCCUGUUUCUACACCUGGUGGCUCCGGCAGCCUGACAAGCUUUGAGAGGAGGGCAGAGGGGGCGGCGAGAAGAGAGAUGCCUGUAGGCUGGUCUGCCGCUGUGCCUCAACUAGUAGAGGCAAGCCAGACCCUGGACAGCAGCACCUCUGGGCUUGUGAGCAGUGGCGAUAGUGUAGCAGGGGCUAGCGGCGGCGGCGUUCUUGUUGUCGAGGGCGUGGAGAAGAGCAAGGAGGAGGAACACAACUACUCUCUGUUCCUGACCCGCAGCCGACUGGCCGGCAGAGCCCACUCCCAGCUGGAGGAGGACGAGGAAGAGGAGGAUGAGGAAGAGGCAGAGGAGGAGGAAGGCGAUGGGCUGGAGCUAGACGAUGAAGACCACGAUGAGGGCUUCGGCAGCGAGCACGAGCUGUCUGAGAAUGAGGAGGAGGAGGAAGAGGAGGAGGACGAAGACUAUGAAGCAGACAAGGAUGAUGACAUGAGUGACGCCUUCUCUGAGCCAGGCUGUGACAUGGAGCUGAUGGAGGACAUUAAAGGCCUGACAGCAGGAGUCUCCAGCAGAAAGAGAGGCAAGCGCCGCUACUUCUGGGAGUACAGCGAGCAGCUCACCCCUUCUAAACAGGAACGUAUGCUUAAGCCGUCUGAGUGGGACAGACACACGCUGCCUAGCAACCUGUACCAGAAGAACGGGCCUCUUCACGGAAAGUACAUGCUGAAGAAAUCACGCCGCACGGAUGUGGAGGACCUGACUCCUAAUCCACGCAAGCUUCUGCAGAUCGGCACUGAGCUCCGCAAACUGAACAAGGUGAUCAGCGACUUGACACCGGUCAGUGAGCUGCCGCUGACCGCACGACCCCGGUCCCGCAAGGAGAAGAACAAGCUGGCAUCCAGAGCUUGUCGUUUAAAAAAGAAGGCCCAGUAUGAAGCAAACAAGGUGAAGCUCUGGGGACUCAGCACUGAGUAUGAUCGCCUGCUGUUUGUGAUCAAUGCCAUCAAGGAGGAGAUUGUGGUGCGAGUCGAGGACUCUUCUCCGCGUCCAACCAACAUGACUGACACUCUGGAGCGGCUCAUCCAGGAGACGCUUGUGGCAUCACCUGUUGCUGGGCAGACUUCAGACUUUGUCAACAAGAUCUUGGAGAACACAGGACGAGGCGAUCCCACCGGUGGACUGGUCGGCCUGCGUGUCCCCACCUCCAAAAUCUAGACAAACCACUGUCCACUGAGAGGAGUGGACUAAACAUUACCACCGUGCUGUCCCAUUGUAACUAUGCUCCCCUCUGCAUGCCCCUCCAACCCCGAGCACAUACACAUUGUUAGUCACACAAACACACAUACCACUCCCUGUGUGUAUGUAUGUGUGCUUGUUAAUAGCCAUGCACCCGUAUGGCAUACACCCUAGCUUUCUGUCUCUGCACACUGCGUGCAGAGUCAGUGCGUCACUGUCUCCCAACCCAUCGUGAGCAUAUGUUGGGAAAUGCGCCUCUAAAAGCAAGUGAUGGUUAGGUGUAUAUCUAAUAGCACGUCCUAAAUCUGCUGGUGAUUAUUAGAUGUGUUUAACAUAGCAUUGUGUUGGGUUGGUUUCGUUGGAGGUCUGCUUCCAGGGCUGACACAGAGACAGUCACACGAGUGCAACCACUGGAAUACUUUCACACAAGUUGGUUGAGGUUGUAAUGACAGAGGAAGAACUGUUACACGUCGGACACCGUCGAAAGGUUGAAAAAGUUCCAGUUAUCAUUUCGUAGAAGAGCUUCACCUCUCAUGGCAACAGAAAUUAACUCCAGAAUAUUCAAUUGACUGACUAUAGCACUUGAUGGCUUUGGUUGCCAAGACAGCUGCAGAGACAAAAAAAAAAAAAGCAGCGUGCUCCGAAGCAUAACGGGGUGGCAGGAAAUAUUUUGUAUUGAAGGCCUAAAUAUGUUCAUGCCAUCCCCUGUUUGCCAAUCAGCUCUGCUACUGUUAAAAUGUAGGAGUUGACUCCUAGAAAAUGAAUGCUCCAAACAAAAAAAGCAGUAGAAGCUGAGAUUUAAAAUUUAGAAAUUAAGUCACGUCCUGCUGGGCUGAACUUUGUGGCAGGCAGGAAGAAGCUUAACGUUAACUUAAACAACAGGAGGUAGUUGACCAUGUGGAGUGGAAGCGCAUGUAGUUUGGUGCUUUUUGGCAUUGUGCUGGUUAUAACUGGACUGGGUGAAACAGGCAUUUUGCCAGUAUGGGAGUGUGACUGUGAGGAAGAUCAUGGUGGUGAUGAAGAAGACAUAAAAAGUGAUCCAUCUCCUCUAGGAACCUGUACAUAGACGUGUCUCCCAGUGAACAACAGCACCGGCUCCCCCUUUUUGUACAAUAGAGAUGACCAGGCUAACAGUUUGGUGUGUUCAUACUAGUGUUUGAUCAGAGUUCUAUUCAUUGUGCCUUGUUUAUGUAUGUGUGUGUUUCUGUAAGUCUGAGUGAGUAUGUGAGAGGGACUGAACGAGAUGAGGUGUUUGGUCAGAACUCCCUGAGGUCCAACCAAGGAGAGGACUGCUUUACACUGAGGGAGAUUGCUAGUGAAUGCGAUGAGGGAGACACCUGUGGGGUUUGUUGUGUAUUUCAGUUGUUUAAAGAUAUUCUGAAUGUACAUAAAACAAAUGGAAGCUCUCGUUGCGUGAUGCCACAGAGUCUGUGUAUAUAGGAGGGCUCUGCAAUAGAUUACUUAUGGUUUUUGGUACUCUGUCUUUGGGGAUCGGGGAGGGUUACCUGAUGUUUUCAUUUAGAGUUACAAAAAAUAUUUGCACACUAUAUUUUGAUUGUUUUUUGUACCAAAGACACAUGCAACGAAACGGCGACCAGCCAGUUAAAGUAAGGUUUUGCACAGCUUACCUGACGCCGUAUUGAAUGUAAGAAAUGUGGGAGGGUCAGGGAACUUCAUAGAACUGUGAAAUUAGCUUGGGUCCAAUUCUGUACAGAAAAGGAACAUUCAUUCAUUCAUUCAUUCAUUUUUUUUAUCUAAAAUUUUACCCUUUCUGUGGGCCUCUCCAGUAAAUUUGUUGCUUUAGGAAGUACUUCAUUCCUGAACUGAUUCCUCUCUCCACAUGCUAAUUGUGUUUAUGGCUCUAUUCUAGGACAAAAACCAAGAGCACUAGUAGAUAAGCUAUGUUACAUUUUUGCUUGUUUGUCAAAAUGUCACCAACAAUAACCAAAAUGUUAUGUUCCUGUGUCACUUGUUGAUUUCUGUAUGUAGAUGAGGUCUAGUUCAUCAACAAAAUAUUAACUGAAUUGUGUUAUAAAGUACUGUACAUAGAAACAUUAAUGAUAUAUCUAUCAAUGGUAAAAUGCCACUUUUCAUGAGAAUUGAUUCAUUUUUAAGCAUGACACAUUUCUAAAGCCUAUCCUUGCAUUGAGAAAAUUAGAGGAAAAACUGAAAAACCAAAAAAAAAAAAAAGUUAUUGUUAUAUUUUUGUAUUUUAGCUGCCUGCUAGCUUUCCUGUUGGUUUGGAAGUAUUUGUUGGUCAGAUUCUCUGAGUGGAGAGGAGGAGAUGUGGAGGAAAAGAGGAGAAAGGUCUAAAAUGCAGUUAAUCUGAUAGUUUGAUCUGUAAAGUGACACUUGACCCCUCCGGUCUCCUUUGCUGGCUGAGUGAAAUACGGAGAAUCGGGACUGGAUUUAUUUAAAACACAAUGCAGCAAAGCCAUGGUCUAGUUUAAAGUCUAGUCUAUAAAGAGAAUGAGGACAGGCUGUCUUUAGCGCAGACAGGGACACGUCCAGGAAAGCAAGAAGCUCAGAGGACAACAGUGUGGAGAUGGGAGGGUAGGAGCUGGAUGAGGAUCCAGCUGCAGUGUUGUCAUAGAUGCUGUAAGAAAGCCAAAGCCAUUUGAUUCUUUCCCAGGCUGAUCUGGAAUCAGCGCUGUGAGUUGUCAUUCAGACUUUCACACCUAUGCCCUUUUUUACCGUGGCGCUGGUUGAAUUUUGCAUUUCCAGGGAUUGGCAUUGCUGCCUCAGAGAUUGAACUGCUGAAAUUUAUCUGCCUGGCCAUGCCUUCGGUCCUCAGCAAGUUUGUUCACCAAAAGACACAGAGAUACAAAGUCCAGGCCACAAAUUGGCAGCGCGUCCAGCCUUUAACAAUGCAUGAUGCCUGUAUGCUUCCCUCCCUGCUGCCUGCUCAGAGGAAACACUGUCAUUCCCAAGAGUUUCAAAAUUCAACCAGAGUUCACCCAGUUAGCAAGGAGAUGUAACGAAAAAUAAGAGUCUGACGAGGCUGAAUUCAGUUUAGUUUGAAGUGAAGACGGCGCUCCUUCACAGAAUGAUGUCUAAUAACUGAUGCAGAGCUGUGGUCUUUCUGUAUCGUGUGAUUGAAUAACAGCUAGUGCUACAUAUAUAUAUUUUUACUGUUUUCUGUUUUGUCUAAAAAGGGAGAAAUGGUGCUUUUUCUGAAACUAGAAUGAUGAGUUCCAUGAUUCUUAUUUGACUUCUUAGUCUAGUUGUAGCCUAAUGACUUGCUCUCCCCUACCGUCCAUAGCUAUUUUCUUAGUAGUGAUUAAUUUUUGUAAAUAGACUAUAAGUUAAUAUGUAUCUUCUAAAUGUUAGAUAUAUGUAUAGAAUACUAUAUCUUAUAUGUUUGAAAACAAAAGCACUUUGUCCAAAAAAGGAAAAAAAAAAAACAAAAACAAAAAGAAAAGCAUUUUUUUCUUCCAUUUGCUGCUAAAAGGCCUGGUGUGAAUGCUGCAAGUGUACUUGACGACUACUUGCUAGGAUAGGUCUAUUACCUGACUUGGCUAGGUCUACAAACUAGCAAGAAAAAGAUGUAUAGAUGUAUGGCCUGACGAGGGUUAGAUCUCAAAGUUUCUGGAGCUGUGUAAUGAUAUGAGGUAUUGUUUGAGAGCGUAUCAUUGCUAGGCUUUGAGAAGCCCAGUGUCUUGACAGGAUAGGUCUAUUUCCUGGUCAGGGACUGUGUGGAUAGUGUGUUUGUGGUCUUAAAAAAAAAGAGUGUUUUGAUUCCAGGGCCCCUACAUUGAUCCUGAUGCUGACCCCCUUGGCGUCAUGAUUCAUUUGCCUUCAGUAGAGGUUUCCUAUGGAAAAACUGAUUCUGCUUUGGCUUCCUCUUCAGGGUGAUGUACAGUGUAGACACAUUUCUCCAGAGAGCUAUAUUGUUAUCAUUUGUAAACUGAUUUCUACUUGUGACUUAAUGAGGAGGGGUUUAGCCUGGGGCGGCCAGGAAGAGCCCAUUUGAAAGAUGUUGUUCCCGGCCGCCUUGGGGGAAGUUACUAUAUCACUGUACUGUAUGGCAAGCCAAUUACAAAUGAAGACUCAAUCCGGACACUUAUUGCCUUCUUAAAUAACUUCACAUACACACAAAGAAAACAAUAACCUGGCAGACAAGUCAUUGGCCAAGGGGUGUGUCUGAGGCUCAUGACAUUGUUCUGCCAGUAUACGGUCAACAACAACAACAACAAAACCAUUCAGCCUGAUUGGCUCAACACAACCUUGACUGAAGUAGCAGACGUAGUGAAAUAUAUCUGAAAAAUGGCUUCAAAAAUUCGAACUCUUUGUACUCUGUUGUGUCCUUUGGGGACAACAUUUGAGGCAUUUUUUCAGCUAUAAUUUUGCCCCAGGUCUGGCAGGGGGUCAACAGUGGUUAAAGGGCCGCUGGUUGACGGCCGGCUGACAAGAGAAGCGCGUGUGUUUUGUUGUCGAUCACAAGGCUGGUUCAAGAGAGAGUCCUCACAGGUUUUUACAUUUAACAAGAUAGGCGCAAGCUGUGCAACUUUACAUUCAAACCAGGAGACUCUGUGGCAUUUUAACAGUCAAGGAAAUGAGUGAAAAUCCACGCCAGUAAAACUAUUCCUUAUACUUUUUAUUUCUGAUGAUUCUGAAAUCCUAUUCAGUCAACUAUUAAGCUAAUAGAGUGUGUAACUUUGUGCUACUCUUGUCCAAUAAAAGCUAAGUGGAUCCAUAAAGCUCUUCUUCAGCAAAUCAGGGUAAUAUCGUUCUUCUAUCUGACAUAUGUGAUGACAUAUAAAAUCAAAAGAAAAUAUAUUUAUGUAUUCCAAUUAUUGUCGCCAUUCUUUACUCUGUACAAAAUAUUGUGCGUGUGCGUGUGCGUGUGUGUGUUAUGAAUUAUCAAUGUCAAUCAAAAAUGGUGCAAUGAUCUCUACAGAAACUGAAAAAAAAAGGCCAACAGACUUGUCACAAGAAUUCACACACGUUCUCUGCUUUCUUCAAAUCGGUAUUCAAACAAACGCAACCUACAACGUUUUCCUCACACAGAGGACUUGAUUUCCAGCCGUGAUCCAACUGGGAUUUGUCACGUGGUGCUGAUUACUUUUCUUUAUCCGAGAAAUAAUCCAAGAGUGAAACUGGCAUCUGUGUUUAGAUCCACUCACACGUAACAUUUUCCAUCCGAUUAUUGUCCAGUAACUGUCGUUAGACCAGACUUUCCCCCCCUCGAUCAUUUUCAUUGAUUCUGUCGAUUAAUGGCUAAUGAUUUCCCUGUUGGACCAAUCAGAAGAAGCUUCACUCUGAUACUUGCUCUAAAUAAUAACAACAGACUGGUGAUUUCUGUUUUAUUGACUUGUAUGAUCGCUCUUGUUAAGCGUACCAAUAUUUCUUUUGUAAAAAGCCAGACUCCUGAAUUUGAUACCACUGCACAAAAGUUAUGGAGGAUUUUUACUCCGUUUGAGAGGUACAGACCAUAAACCACAACUGCAAAAUAAACAAACAUAUUCUGGUGCAUUAGAACAUUGUUUAUUGUUAAAUAUCAUGUGGAAUUUCAUAAUAACUUUAGCAUGAUAAAAUAAUUGGAUUACAAACCAACAAGAACGAUCUCCAGAGGAAAUAUUCAGUAACACUUUGUUUUACAGUCUAAUUUUCAAGUCAUUUCCGAGAUGUUUCCUUGAAAGAACUGCGACAUUUGGUACUGGGGAAAAUAGGGAGGGUGUUACAGUGAUACACUUCCAGUUAAUUGAUUCCAGUUAGUCUUUUACUCAGUGCAAAGCAGGUCAGCAUGAACAUGCCAAACAUACUAAAUUUGUCCACAGGCAAACAUAAUUCAGCAUUUAUCAAGAAUAAAAUUUUCAAUAGCAAAUAACAGAUGGACAUUUUCUUAGGUUUAAAACUGCACCUAUCAGUAUUUCUGCGUUAACAAAUGGAUCAAAGGACGACAUGUAAUUUGCUUUACAGGGCAUUUUAGUACCUUUCGGGCCCAUUGUUUAGGUUUUAUGGCCACAACAUUACCGUUUUGGUUCAGUCUCACUGCUCUCAUCAGGGCUGUCUCCAGUCACAGGAGACUUCUGUUUUCAGUGAAAAGGCUUAGGUAAAAACACUGUGCACUUCCUGCUCAGCACCAGACAGCAGACAGACACAGUGAGUGACUCAUAGGUGAACACAGUGGAGCAUUUAGCAGCUAAAGAGACAUAUUUCCCUCAGGAGUCGGUGGAGAGCAAAAACAGAGCUAAAAGAGCGUAGAAUAUUGGACUUGCAUUCAUCAGGUUGCCAUAAACACAACCCCGACAACCACCUCAGCUACUGUAUGAGGUGAUAGUAUGUCAGUGUUCUAUUUACUGUCUUUUUUCAGGCUAAUGGAGCAGUUCUUUUAAGAAAAAUCCCAAUUUCUGUAUAACCUGUAGCAAAAUAAAUACAGUAUUUCUUUGGAAAGUCUGCAUCUGUAAAAUAAGUGUUACCUAAUAUUCUUGAUAAACUGGUUUUGUUAAAAGCAAAAACAAAACAAAAAACACUGCUUUAAACGACUUUACCUCCUGCUGGCUGUGGUGUCAGAUGUCAGAGUCUGCCUUUGAGUUUCUUUGGAGACAUUUCAACUGUUUCCUGUCUUGUUCGAAUUCGUGUGGGCUGCUCCCGUUGCUUGUAAAAACGUCUCAUCUUCAGAGGCUGUACAAUUACUACCCUCUGCAUUUUUCUCUGUGUAAAUUAGAUACGGAAAUGUACUCUGUGACAAAAGAUGCACUGGGAAUAAUGUUUUUGCAUGCUGAUUCCCUGCAUAGAACUGAGAGAAUCAAGUGACGUCUGGAGUCCCUUGCAGAUAGGGAAAUAAUUUGGCCAAUUGUCAGAAAGCGUAUUCACCAUCACAAGGUUGUUGCAUGACUUUUUGGGCUCACUGGACUCUCAGUCGAAUGAUUUCAUACAUGCUGCUAUUGAAUGAGCACAAAGAGACUUUAGAUUUUGGUUUAGGGUGUCCAUGACACACAGUUACAGUAUAAUAUUACCACCACACACCCCCCACUCCAUCCCCCAACUGUUUUUUUUUCUCUACACCUUCUUUCCUACGACAGUCAAAAGACCAACAGCGUUUCUCACAUCGCACUUGGAUUUUACAUUUACAAAAAAAUGAUAUUUUGAAUAUGAUGCCUGCUGAACCAGGUGCCUUAAUCAAAUAUAUGAGAACACAAAUCUGCACCUUUUGUCAGUCUGGAGGGAGUUUCCCUACAGAAACAAGGGACUGGGUUUCCCAAAACUUAAACUUGAAGUACAACAAUGAAAUGAAAACCUCAUUUUGACCCCCAAUCAAUACAGUUUGUAUAAUAAUCAGCCUUUUAUCAGAUAAGAGCUGUUUGUCUUGUCUGGAUAACUCUGCAUAGGUGUUCCCUUUUAAAGUAUUACUGAAGAAGAGCAUAAAUGAACUUGUAAACUAAAUUGAUGUUGUUUUGGGAAACCUGGUUCUGUUUUUAACUUUCUCUGCCCACUACGCCACGUUUCUGUGUUUUCUGUAUUGGCUGCUGCUGCUAUCACCGCUGGUGUGUUCAUGUAGAGAAGAGCAAACUUCCACUGUGUCUGAGGCAGAGGGAGACUCGGGCCUGCUUUUUACCUAGUGAAUUACAAUGCAUUCUUCUUCUUCUUCUUCUUCUUCUUUGGUUUCGACAUGGAGCACUGUGUUGCUGCCUCUCGAGACCCUUUCGAGAAAGACAAAAAAAGAAACACACACGCACACACAACAGAACUUUCCGUUUCUUAACUUAGCUAUUAUGAAGUGCCAGACCCUCCUUGAAGUCAGACUGAGUCGCAGGUUGCGAAUGAAGCGACGAACUGAGCAUGGAGGUAAACUGUGGUGCUAAUCUGUCAGUGGCUGGGUGCUAACAUGGCUGUGUUAAAAAGCUGUAUUAGCCAUAUUAUUCCUUCUGUUGAUGACUCUGGUCAGUCUUGUGUUUCUGACUGCUGCACUGCUGUAUGCUGACAUAGCGAGGUAUAACUCUGCUGCUGCUGCUUUGCUGAUAAAUGUAGACUAGUCUUCUUGUUGUCAGGAUCCAGAAAGAUCAUGAAUGUUGUAUCUUUAUACGGCCGCUGUCCUGCUUGUAUGUUUAAACCUUUUUUUUUUUUUUUUAAUUAAUAUUAUGGUUUGAUAUUUAUGCUCUGACUCUGUCAAAUGUUGCACGUUUGAAUUUUUUUUUUCCUAAAUUAUAUUUUAUUGCCUUUUUCCCUGAUCCCAGUGUUCAUGCCAUUUGUUUGAUAUUUAUUUGUUCAGUCCUGUAAAUUAACAUGUAAGGAGACAAUUUGUUUAAACUAGACUUUAUAGCUUUUCCACUGAAGCGGGCUUUACCACGAGUCAGAGACUUCACAUGAGAUUCACAGACACGAAUCACAGUCACAGUGAAACUUUGUCAAUAACUAUACAAUAAUUGCAAAAGGCAUUUCCUUGGACUUUUAUAUAAAAAUGUUUUAAGAUUUACUCAUAGUACAUCUGUAAUGUUACCUUAUCAUUUACUAUUUUUCUUCAAUCCUGCCCCUGCAUUCAGAGACAAUCAUGAAUUAAUAUUUAAUUAGUAAAAUCCAUCAAUAAAUUGAUCGAGUUGCAAAACAAUGAAUUGACACUUUGACAGUAAAAUGAUUAUUAAGAGAAAUUAGAAAUGAAAUAAAGAAAUAAAUACAAUAAAUCAGUUUAGUGCUGUAGUGGUAAGUUGAAUUGACAGAUAAUUCAUCCUUUUAGUCAUUUUUUGAGCAAAAUGAAGCAGUUUCGAGCUUCUCAAAUGUGAGGAUUUCAUGCCUGUCUUUGUCAUACAAGACAGUAAACUUAAUAUUUUUACAUUUUUAACUGUUCAUCUGAAGGUGUCAAUUUAGUUUAGCACAAACACUAGAAAUAAGGGGAAACAGCUAGCCAGUAUCUGUCUAAAAGUAACAACAUCCACCUACCAGCAUCUCUAAAGCUCAGUUGUUAUCAUUUUAUAUCUCGGUUGUUUAAUUGCUACAAAAAUAAAAUCACAGUAGAAUCAGGUUAUAUGCCAGACUAAUUUUUUGGCACAGCACAGUGACUUCACCCUGAAGCUAUGUUUUAAAAAUCAGGUGGCUUAGUGCAGAUUGAAUCUAAGAUUAACAGGCUAAAAGCCACACAUAAAAAACAUCAGCAGAUUUGUCCAUAGACAAAACUUCUUUGUAAGUAAUUGGAGUAAUUUGAAAGAUGGAAUAAUCACAAAGAAAUACUACAAAUUCUGUAAUUUUUGUCUGUUCUUGCCUUCUUGUUCUUCAGCAUCCCAUUACUUUGUACUUUCUCUGCAUAGUGUUCUGCCAGUUAAAGGAAACAAGAUGCUCUCAGAUCUGCAGUUUCAUUGUGACUUUGAGUAAUUGUUGUCUGUGAAGCCCAUGAAGUGUUCUGUCAUUGGAGGUUUGAUGCAGUCAGAAGGGGCAGGAGAACCCUUAACCAGGCUCAAAGAGUCAGCAAACAGAACCUCACCUUGACACAACUCUUCCUUUGUCAUGACUCUGGACUGAGGUUCGGGUGCUCUGCACCCUUGGAGCUCAGGCUAGGAGUCGGCUCGCCUGCUCUCUCUAACUUUGGCGGGGAAAUUUGAAAAUUUGGUCAUAGUUAUUUGAUCAUUUUUUCUGGGAAAACUUCACCACUGCGCCAGAGAUGUUUGGUCCUUCUGGGUGCUUUUUUUGUUUGUUUUUUUUUUUCAGAAGGGCUUUGGUUCGCAGUUGUCUUGUCAGGGAGCUCCUGAUUAUUAGCCAGGGGUCACUAAAGGCUGGUGGGCAGAGACCCCUCACCCUCCUCUGCAAUGAAUGAUGGGGAGGGGUUUCAUUUCCUCUUCUACAGACUGAUCUUACUAAAUCAAACAACAACAACAACCCACCCUCGAUAAUAAGAAACAAAACCCCUCUUUUACACACGUCCAACUCAUCAUCCAACACAGCAAUGAUUUACAUCUCCUUCCAGACUUGCCAAAAUGCAUGGAGAGAGAGAGAGUUAUCAGAAAUACAAUGUUUAUCCUAAAACAUCUGUUCUGUUUAUUUUCUUUUUUUUCACUUUUGAUAAUAAUGACAGACAGUAAGAAGAUUUUAUAGGAAAUCCAUUCAAGUCCAAACAUGUAGAGGAUGUGGGAGGUAUCGGUCAUUCUGAGCUCCACAGCUACAUGCCAUUGUUAUGAUGCUUCUGGUCUUGUAUGGUAACUUAUUUGACUAGAUCAACAGCAUGGGAUCUUUCUGUAGUUAGUCCUGUGUGUGUUCCUCUCACCAGUCUCAGUAGGAAGGCUAUACUUCAUUGCUAAGUGCUCUAUAAUAGAUCUCUUGGUGAUUAUAAUUUCAUAAAGAAGCAAAACCUGCAGAAAGUGUAUCCUGCUGAAACUAACUUGAUCCUCUCUUUAGCAAUGACAUCUAUAUUUGUAGUUCACAUAUAUGCCUGUUCAAAUACAAUAUCUUGACAGUUGUUAUAUUUAUGUUGUGUAAUAAAUGUUGUGCUGGGUUUUUUGUUUUAACUAACUUUUUCUUUUUGUUUUACAUUGUAUUCUUUUUUUCUUGGAGGCACAAUGGGUGGCUUUAUGCACAGGCAUGAAAAUGUAAAAAAUAUUGUUUUUUUUUUUGUUUAUUUGUUUUUUUGUUUUUUUUGUUUUUUUUGU